AUGUCAGCAGACUCCAUCACUUCCAAGGAGACACAGCACGAUCCCGGCUCUGAUGUCCCCUCAGCAUCGAUGCAUUCCUACCAAGAAGAGCAGCCUCCAGCCUACUCUGAAGCCCCACCAGUGUACAAACCACCUCAAAUCUCUCGUUAUGAGUCUUUCCAUGACAUAAACCCACAGAUAUCAUCAGAAACGACUCCGCUGGUGUCCUCAUCUUCCUUUGAUGACGAGAUAGUGAGGAAAGGGUUUAUUAGAAAGGUUUUUAGCAUCGUGACGCUCCAGCUGCUGUUCACCUUCACUGUAGUGUGCGUGUUCACCUUCUCCAGCGUGGUCAAAGAGGCAGUGCAAUCAAACAUUUGGGUCUAUCUCAGUUCCUUCAUCGUCUUCGUUGUGGUCGCCAUCGCCCUCAGUUGCUGCAAGUCCUUCAGCCAGCAUCACCCGUGGAACAUUGUGGCACUGUUUGUUGUCACCGUGAGCAUGUCAUACAUGACGGGGACCAUCGCCUCCUUUCACAACACCACUGCUGUGAUCCUGGCUAUGGGAGUAACGCUGGCCAUUUCUAUCUCAAUCAUCGCUUUUUCAGCGCAGACUCGCUAUGAUUUUACUUAUUGCAACAGUGCUUUGUUGAUUCUGGUCGUGGACGUCGCCAUGUUUGGGAUAUUUUGCACAUUCUACUACAGCUACAUUGCUGAAGUUAUCUAUGGAUGUCUGGGAGCUCUGUUGUUUUCAUUGUACCUGGUGAUCGACUGUCAGCUGGUGAUGGGGAGGAUGGCCUACAGUGCAGAUCCAGAAGAUUACAUCAACGCUGCUCUCAGAAUCUACCUAGAUGUAGUCCUAAUUUUCCUCUACAUCCUGGGGAGGAGGUGAAACUGCAUAUACAAAACAAACGGACACUUCAGACUGUGGAUUAAAAUGUCCUCUAUCAUUAUGUGCUGUAUAUAAUCUCCUCGCAUCAUGUCACACACAAAAAAAAAAAUCUGUUUGCAUAGAAUCUCGUCUUUGUCUCAGAUUUAAAUCCAUUAAAAAUCAAACAAAAAAAAACACCACACUUUAUGUUGAGUCAUUUAUUUUUAUUCCCACUCUUCAAAAUUUAAAAACCUUCAUCCUCAUAACAGAUCCAGAAGAAUAUUUGUGUUACAACAAACACCUACACUAAAACCAUUCUACCCUUAAUAAUGAUAAUGAGACCUUCUACUGAUCCAAGGACGUUUAGUAAUAUACAUAUACAGGGACAAAAAGUAGUGCAAAAGGUUUUGUGUAUCCUCUCCGUGUUAAAGUAUCUAGUAUCUAGUAUAACAAACCUCUGUCGAACAACAGCUUUUUCUUAUACAUGAUACCAGGAUAUAAGAGAAACUGUAGAAAAUCCAAGAAAAAGUUGAACUCAAAGUUGAUGUUUUCCCUCAGUUGGUCCCUCAUGGUUUCCUCAGACACUCAUUUAUAUAUGGAGAUGCAGAACCUUCAGCAAAUCCUGCUGCCAGCAUCAGUGAUUAUUUUGAGUUAUUUCAACCCAGCAGUCAAUUCGAUAUAAGAUGUCAAAGAAGUGAAAAUGCUGGCACUAAUCCCAAGAUGGGGG